AAUCCCGAAAGAAGAAGAAAAGUAAAAAAAAAUAGGAAUAAGCGCGAGGAAUCCGUUUACGGAGGUGAACAAUCAAGAAAACAAUGGACUGUGCAAAUAAAGAACUGGCCUCAGAUCCGUCCGGUACAGAUGAAAAUGUCAACUUUGCGCAUGUCACCGCCGCCGCCUCAGGAUGGAUGCUGGACUUCGUGUUUGUGAGCUUAUGUCGAAGCUUCAAAGAAGGAAACUUUGAUGAGUUUAACGAAACUCUGUCAGUUUUUCAGGCUCUUUCUCAGUGUAAAUCUCUUAAAGCGGCUGCUCAUACCGAAAAAUCCUUGAUAUGUGCCUUUCUAGCAAGAGUAAUGCAUGGAAAACAGCUGGACGUCCUGUUUGAGGAAGAUGAGUCUGUAAUGCCUCUGAUGUCUGCUGCCACAGUUUGGUCAAGCCUGGAACACGCUGUGGAAGAUGAAAGUUUAUUUGAAAAUAUCACAGUUCUCCUGUUUGUCCAGGCUGUAGCCGUCUGCCUGGAUAAAGGUCAGAGGUCCUCUGCCUCUUCAGUCCUCAAGUCGUUUGAAAACAGACACCAAUUCCCUCGGAACUUGGGAGUUAAGCUCAGAACUAUUGUAACAAAGAUGGAAACGUAUCACCCAUUCCUCAUGAGCUUCAGCUUCAACCGCCUGCUGGAGAAAAUAUACUCCUUCUUGGAUAACUACUUGGAGAAGAAUCCAUCUGACUUCCUCCUCAAGGUAGCGACGAGGUUCGUCCAAUCUUCCCCAACUGGUCCGGAUUUAAAUCCUGUGGUGUCAGAGGACGGCACGCUCUCAGAAGAGUCCAAUGAAACAAUACAGAAGGAUAAAAAAACAAAACGCAAAUUACUCUCUACUACAAUUACUGACAUAUGGACACUCGAUACGGUGAAGAAGCCCUGCGUUUCCCUCAGACGUCUCUCCAGAAAUGAGUUGUGUCAACUGACAGCGAGGAAGACUCUACAAACCUCCAAGCAACAAAACACUGAAAAACACAAGAAAAGGAAAACACGAAAGAAAUGGACUCCCGAGUUGGACAAAUACCUUGAAGAUGGGGUGAAACGUCACGGAAAGGGGAACUGGUCUCAAAUCUUACUGGAUUAUGACUUUGAAGGACGCACCGGGAUCAUGCUGAAAGACCGCUGGAGAAUUCUGUUAAAGGCAGACAAAGUCGGCUAAAGAGAAAGGAAGCCUCCAACCUCUGUUAGCCUGUAUAAUGUAGCAGUUUGUUUAUAAGAUUACCCACCGAAAGGUUUAUUUUGUUUUUAAGAUGUUCAUCCAAGAAUAUUUUAGUCAUUUUUGUAUAAAAAUCCAAUAUUAUUUGGGGUUUUUUUUAUUACAUAUUGGCUUUGUACACUGUUAAAUUAUUCAUUUAAUAUAGCCAGGUAAAUUUAUUGGUCUUUGCUGCUCCCAGUUUUUUACCACAUACCACCAGAGGGCGCCUAAGACAGAAAUAUUACCUUGUUGCCAUCAUAACCUAAACUAUUUUUGUAUAAAUUCAUUUUAUGCUGGAAACUUCAGGUGUAAAGUAGUUCUUUUUUUUUUUAUUAUUGUUUGACAUCCAGUUUUUUACAGAAGUGUUAUGCAAUGUUAAAUGCAAUAAAAUUAGAAACCACCUGUAUGGAUGUUUAGUUUCUAAUAUUAAAAUAAAUGAAGUGCAUUUCAA